CAUGUUUAAAUUUAAAAAUUUCGAAGAUAUUUGUUAAUCGGUUAGUGACGUUGUAAAUGGUCGUAAGUAAAGGGAAAACACAGGAACGUUAAGUUCACAAACUAACGUUUAUGUUAUCGCAUUAUCACGUCAACUAUAGCUUUUUCUCCUAGUUCUAUUCUUUUAAAAGUGAAAGUUUUGAUCGUAAAUUUGUGUUACAAACAGAGAAUCUAACCUCAAAACACGUUUUAUGAUGGCCAACCGUCAUUCGACUACAUUUAGGGCUAUGGAAGAAGAUAAACGAUUCAAAAAAUUGGAAUGCUCUUUAAAACUGGCUUUACUGAAGCAGAAACACAACAAAGACUUGCGUGACGUGAAAGCGUCACCCACGAAAGUGACAUCCUGGCCCAGCAUCUCUAGCAUUAAUGUAGACUCCAUAGAUUCCAACUGCACAAUUCUGUCGCCAUCUUCUCCGAUAAGAAGCGAGGUCUUAGCUUCCAGCAAUAAUUUGAGAAACAUACUCUUGAAGAAAAAGAGGCAUAAUACCAAUCCAGCAGCAAUGAUAACAUCUAGUGUCAAUCGGUACCAUGUCCAGCAGGAUAUACCUGAUAUUGAUCAUAAUAUGCCACCUCCACUGAGUAGCACGGUUUAUCGCACCCCUAGGAAAUCACAUAGCAGAGUCCCUACAUUGUCAAAUUGCAAAAAAGCGGUGCUCCCUUCGUUUAACAAUACUGUACAGUCUUCCAUGGUAGAUAGGGUUUCUUUAGUGAGCAUUCCAAGCUGGAUGUCUGCUACAAAUUCCAACUUGAAUACCUUUGUCACACCAGCGACUUCUGUCAAUACUAAUUAUAAGAUUGAUCAAGUGUUUACAAAAUGGAAAGUUAUGUUAAAUAACAAAUAUGAGUUAUUAAUUAAAGGGACAUUAAAUUGUGGAAGGGUUGCACGUAGCAAACCGGUUAUAAGAAGAUACUCUGCGAUAUGUGUUGAAUCCAAAUACAAGCACAAAUAUAUUCUGCAAGGAAAUAUUGCUGAUGAGAAAAAUGCAUUGCCGGAUUAUAUUCGUGGAAAAUUUUACAAUGGCUUUCCUGAUGAUUGGGAGAAUGUUUACCAAAUAUGGAGGACAUAUAUCAGCCAAGGAUGUCCAGUUGUGUUUCGUUGGCCCACCCGUAUUACUGACAGCGACGACGAUUUGAAGACCGAACUGACAGAUUUGACUUACACAUGUAGCAGAAAUAAAAAAGCUAUUUCUGCAGCAAAAUCUUGUAAUUUAAAUGAGCAUCCUAAGACUGAAGAUCUGAAAUAUAAAUUUAAUACAUUUGAAAAGAAGGAAAAAUUUCAUAAUCGCCUUACUGAUAAUUCACAAAAUUAUGAGAAAAAUAUUUCGUCUGUAAAAUCUUUUAUCUCUAACUCCCAAAGGGAUAUAAUUCCUGUCGUGCAAACAGGGCACGUAAAGUCAUUAUGCAAUGAUGAAAACAAGCAAGAUGUCAAAUCAAACAUAAAUCUAUCAAACAGUUCCAAAAAAAUAAAGAACACAUUGAAGGAUAUUCUUCAAGAGGAUAAACUGAACAUCAUUAUCAAUAAUUUAACAGACAAAAAUUGUCCUCCGAAGUAUAUUGAGAAGAUUAUCGAGAUGUUCGAUUGCUUGAACUAUGUAGUGUCUUACAAAACCGAAUCAGAAUGCAAUAACGACUCGGUGUCCUUUAUAAGUCACGAAACAUCUAAGCCGGAAACAAUAUCAAUGCAACAGAAUUUAGUAUGCAGUAACAGUCGUACGAACAUUAAUAAACUUGAAAAUAAACCAAUGGAACCAAGAAGCGAGAUACAAAGGAAUAAUAUUGAUAUGUAUGGGCACUCCACUGAUUUAGGAUACGGAAGUUUAAGAAUUGAUUUUAACACUAUGCAGCUAUCAAAUCCAGUAAAUGCUAAUAAACCAAAAAACGACAAGAAUUCAGAUUUAUCAGAAAGCGAGAUUUAUGCAGGCGUGCCCAAAAUAUCGUUUGAACGAGUUUUAAAAGCUAGAGGACCUAGAACAUCUAGAAAGUUAUGCAGACGUAAAGUGGGAAAAAAACCGGACAGUCAGAAGUGUGCAACGAAUCUGUCUGACAAUAAUUUUGCUGGGAACGGGGGAAGCAAGAUUAUGACGCAAAAUAAACAACUAGCACAACAGAGUAAUUUUGAUAUAUACAGGGGAGGCAAGUCUGUGACGCAAAAUAAACAACCGUCCGAUAUUUGUUUAGAUAAUCAGAAAGUCAAUUUGAAUGUUUUUAUAAAGAAACAGAAAAUUCCUCAUAGGAUUCAAAAAGAAACAUAUUCGUCAUUUGUUGCGGAUGUUGACUACACCACGAAUUCUGACACAGAUGCAAUAACGGUGAGCUCAAAUACGCGAAGAUCGGGUAGAAAUACGAUAACAUCACAUGUUAAGGGCCAAGAUGUAAUAAGUAGCGAAAGUAAUAGCAACUUGCUCAAGAAGUCUCUGACAUCUCCAAUAUUACAUAACACAUUGAUUGAGCCAACAAAAAAUAACACUGCGAUAAAGAAAGCCAAACCCACUAUAAUCAGUUCGAUGCCGGUAAAUUUGAAUUUGAGAAUAAGUACAGCAAGCUCGAAAGAGAGAGAAAAAGCUGUACAAUCUCAUUCCCAGAUAAUCGUGCAGAAAGAGGAUAAGCAGGACAAAGAUGUUCUACUGUUGGAGGAAAAUAAUAGGAAGAAAUCUAUAUCAAGAAUGACAAUCGCUACAAAAUCUGCGAUUAAUGACAAUCGUAUCAAUUCUCCAAAGACAACAGUUGACAAUAAAAGAGAAAUUAAUCUGAUAACAAAUAACAAAAAUAAAUCGAAUAUAUCAAUUGCUACAAAACCUACAAUUAAUGAUUUUCAUUUGAACAUGACAGAUGAUGGUAAUAAAAAAGAGAUAACAAAUAAUAAAGAUAAAUUGGAUAAUAGGAGUCUUAAUAAUCUUAAUUUGUUGACAAACUCCAUAGCUGAGCAACCUAAAAGCAGCAAACUUGGAACAAAAGAAAAUCCCAGAGUGCUAACUGCAUGGAUGCCAAAAGUAGUACAAUAUACAAAAUCUCAAUCAGGUUUAAUUUUUCAAGGGAAAUUGAUCAACGGAGCUGGUCACGUUGUAAACAGGAAGUUUAGUACGGACAUUGUGCUGAGGCGACACUCAGCAACACUGAUCGAAACGGUGAAUCACGAAUUCUAUGCACUUCAUGGACAUUUAAGUGACAACAAGCAUAAUAUUCCCAAGGAACUUGUGAAACAAUGUCGUUAUGGAUGUCCUGCAAGAAUCAAGCAAUUUUGUCAGACUUGGAGAAUGCAGAGCGACAAUGUUCAAGAAGCUAGGACAAAACUUCAUGAUGUAACAAUUAAUUUACUGAAUACAUCUGUUAGUUCGAGAGGCCGUCAUAUCAUACCUCCAUUACAUUACUGGGCAGGCGAACGUAUAACUUUGAAAGAUAACACAGUUGUCUAUAGUCCAGGCAGUUUAAAGAAAUCAUCGGUUCUUUUGCUGACUGAUAAUUCAAAAGAAAUCCAGAAGAAUACUAUGACGAUUGUCACCGAAAAUCUUCAAACUUCCAAAAAAUCACCUAAGACGAAAGAUUGUACAAACAAUGCAGGAAGAUUUAAUAAGAAAUCUCGAAAAUACAAUAAACAACGAGCACGUAAGUUCUCAAGUACAGAGUCCAGCGAAGAGGAGCAAAAACCAUCUCCGCGAAAGCGUGUACGUAAUUCUAAAACAAACGAAAAUGCAGAUCCAGAAACACGAUAUACCAUGGAGUUAAGGAAACGGCCAAAAAUAGAAACAACCUCGAAUAAAAUUUUACAUACAACUAAAAAGAGAAAGGUUGAGACCAUACUGGAAAAUUUUAUAGUCGAUAUUCGUGAGGAUAGAGAGACUUCAAAAAAGCAACGGAUCGAGGAAAAUAAGAUUCAUCAAGAAAGGAAAGAAGCGAAAUACGAAUAGGAAAGACGUGAGCGUUUACAAAUGCAUAAAGAGAAAAUGGAAAUAUCAAAAUCAAUGAUUUGAUUAUUGAUCAUUGAUUUUGAUAUUUCCAUUUGAUUAUUGAUCAUUGAUUUUGAUAUUUUCUCUUUAUGCAUUUGUAAACACUCACGCCCAUUGAUUAUUUUAAACCAAUUAGUUGAUAAGUAAAGUAACUAAGUUUUCUAAUUGUUUUAAGUAGUUUAUAUUGUACAAUUUAUAAGUUUUAAGAGUUUGAAAAAUGCAAAAUGCAAAAAUUCUAAAGUUUUUAAGUUUUAAAAGUACUGAAAAUGUGUUCUAAAAUGUUUAAGUUUUAAAAGUUUUUGUAAUUAUAAGACAUAUUCUAAAGUUUUUAAGUUCUUAAGAUGUGGUCGGUAUACUUACAUUUUGUUUUAGUAUUAUUAGUCAUAGUAUUAUAACGAAAUGACUUAGUUAUAAUUCUACAAUUUUACAGUUUCGUAUUUCAUUAGUAUUACUAAUAGUAUUUUUUUAUACUAAAGAUAUACAAAUUUUUUUAAAUAUUUUUCAUACCAAAGAUGUAUAAGUUUAUUAUUUCUUUUUUUAUGCCAAAAAUGUAAAUACGAAAAGAUGAAUACUUAAUAAAAGACUUUUAUAGUUUUUAUAAAAAAAAUAAAAGAUUUAUAAUUA